CUGUUCUGAAGUAGAUAUAUGAAUGGAAGUAAGAAAAUAUUCAAUCAAAUUUCAAGAGAGUUUCACAGUUAGUGACACAGUGUAAUUAUGAAAUCUUAAUUAGACUUAUAAAAGAUAGUUUAUAAUAAUCCUUCUACUAAAUUGGAAAAAUUCUCAAAUUUCACUGUUCCACUUCCUCUCUUGUUUGCUCCGCCUCCCCAAAAUCACCGCAAAGAUCCGAGCUUUUCUCACUCCUCCACCCGCCUCUCCUCCGCCGGCACCUCCUCAAAAUUUCUCGUUGUUUUCCUGUCGUUCUGAUCUCAUCAAUUAGAAGGUGCACCAACUGGGACUGAAGACUCUUGUAUGGCGUCUCCGCUUCCCAAUUGAAAAGAUAAUCUAACAAUCUGAAGAAAUGAUCAUAUGGGUCAAUCCCAUUUUGAGCUCCACCCCACCAUAUUUUACCCAAACCCCAUCAAAGUUACCGGCGAAGAAUCAUUCUUGUUUCGCCAAUUCUACUGUUUCAGCGAGCCAUAUACCAAGAAGAAGGUGUGAUUUAUAUGACUUGCAUAAAGACCUGGUACCAUAUGCUGAGGCCUGGUCAUGGCAAAAUGCUAUUGUUGAAGAGAAGAAAGCAUUGAGUGAAAAGAAUGACGAUUUAGCCGAUUCUUUGAUUCUUCUGCAGCACCAUCCUGUUUACACGUUGGGCGCUGGGAGUUCAGAAGGAUUCUUGAAUUUUGAUGUGAAGAAUCCUCCUAUUGAUUUGUAUCGAACCGAACGGGGUGGUGAAGUUACUUAUCAUGGCCCUGGUCAGCUAGUCAUGUAUCCCAUCAUCAAUCUUCGGUAUCAGAAGAUGGAUCUUCAUUGGUACCUGAGGUCACUUGAAGAGGUCGUUAUUCGUGCACUUUCCUCAGCAUUUGCAAUUGAAGCUUCGCGUAUUGAGGGCUUAACCGGUGUUUGGGUUGGUAACCAGAAACUAGCAGCCAUUGGAAUAAAAGUAUCGAGAUGGAUAACAUAUCAUGGCUUGGCAUUGAACGUCACCACCGACACAACGCCCUUUCAGCACAUAGUCCCAUGCGGGAUCCGGGGUCGUCAAGUUGGAAGCAUAAAGGGUCUGCUAAAGGAAAAAAAACUGUCCACGGGGUGCAGAGAAGAUAAUCAUCUUCCUGAUGAUCAAGAACUGAUUUAUAUUGCUAAUAAAUCGCUGAUCACAGAGUUCUGUGAAGUUUUCCAAGUUGACCUCAGAAUAACUCUAUACGACGAAGGAGUUUGGAAGAACUCUUCACCCGCCACAUUGAAGAGCUAACACGUCGUCCCAAGUUA